AUGGAUGCCUAUGACGACAAGCUCAACAGAGAACUCUACAAAGCUCUAAUGAAAGGAGAUGAGAAAGAGGUGAUCCAACUUUGCUUAAGUAUCCCAGAAGGCCCAGUGCACAUAAUGACCAUACACAUGGACACAGUCCUCCACAUGGCUACUUACUCCAAGCAAGCUGAUCUAGUACUGAAAUUACUUGAAAAUUUGCCGGAGACUCAUCUCGACAAGCUCACCCUUCAAAAUGACGCUGGAAACACUAUACUCCAUGAAGCAGCCACUUCCAACAGCACAACUAAUGCCGCUAGGGAAAUGCUUAACAAGGCACCAGAACUGCUGAGUUUGAGCAAUUUCCUCGGAGAGACCCCUAUCUUUAGAGCAGCACGCUAUGGGAAAACUAGGGUUUUUAAGUUUCUGGCAACAGAAGUUGAUAAGGUCUGCGCAAGAAUGACUGAAGAACAUCGGAUUGAUGCCUUUUUUCGGAGGACGGAUGGAACCACCAUUCUUCAUAUUUCCAUUCUUGCUGAGCAUUUUGGUGAGUUCCUGAAAGUGUCUAUAUAUUUGUUAAUCAAAUAA